UAUAAUUGAUGAAGAUACUGUGCGUUGACGAAGACCAUUGACGGAAACGACUGGGAGUAGAAAAGGAUUUUGAUAAAAUUAUACGCUUAAGCAAUGCUUUGCUCACAUCAUCAUCGUUCACUAAUAACUUUCUCUGCAACUUCUUUGCUAUUUCUUUUAUGGGCUGACUUUUUUGUGGGUAAAGAAACUCUUCGCUCUUGGUGAACUGAAGAAAACGGAUGUAAUUUUCUCAAUUGCCCAAUCCGGAACCCAUCGUCUUGAUCUUCUAUUGCAGUUCGAGGGUUUCGAAUUGGAGCUUUCUCCAUCGCUGCUGUAUCAACAAUAUAAAACAGUAGCUUCGUAUAAAAAAGGGGUUUUAACUCAUCUCCUGCCCUUUUUAGUGUGGGCGUCUUCGAGCAGAACAGUACAAAGUAGAAACAAACCUCCAGCGAAAUAUAAGAGUCAACACAGAGAUCUCUAAUCAUAUAAGCUAGGCCGAAGAUGAUGGACGAUGUCAACAAGGCUACACACGUGGUCUACAUCAACUGUGCAUAUACAUUACAUUAUUCCUUCGCUAGCCACCUCUCCAUGGAAUUCCACCGGAAAGGCAUUAAUUCAUUUGUAGAUUGCAAUGGGGUUCUGGAUGUGAUAGAGGGAGCUAGCUCUUCUGUGGUGGUUUUCUCUAAGAACUGCUUGUCCUCCACCUCAUGCCUGGACAAGCUCGUCAGGGUACAUCAGUGCUGGAGGAAAAAUGGUCAGCUGGUGGUUCCAGUGUUCUAUGACGUUAGUCCAUCAGAUGUUGUCGUGCCACCACAGCACAAGUCAGCUGAUCGGAGAAUGGAAUGGAGUAGCGCCCUCCGAGAGCUGAGAGAAUUACCUGGCCACCAGUCUAGGGAGGAAUGCACUGAGUGCGAACUUGUGGAAGAGAUUGUCAAAGAUGUGUAUGAAAAACUAUAUCCCACGGAAAGUGUUGGUAUUGACGCGAAGUUGUUGGAGAUAGAACUCUUGCUUCGCAAGCAAACAUGGGGUAUCCGUAGCAUAGGAAUUUGGGGUAUGCCUGGCAUAGGCAAGACUACACUUGCUAAAGCACUUUUUGACCAAAUCUCUGAGGGGUAUGAAGCUUCUUGUUUCAUUAAACAUUUUGACAGGGAACUUCUUGAGAAGGGGAUUCACCGACUGUUCAGGGAACGUUUUGGGAAAAUUCCGAAGGAAUUGCCUAGUGUAGGCAGUAGCAUUACGACUCCUAGCCUCCCGAGGGACAAGUUAAGCAAAAAGAGAACUCUUCUUGUUCUUGAUGAUGUGCACAAUCCUUUCGCUGCCGAGUCUUUUCUCCGAGGGUUUCAUUGGUUUAGUCCAGGAAGCCUAAUCAUAAUAACCUCCAGAGAUAAAUUAACUUUUCGCCUUUGUCAGAUUAGUCAUGUGUACGAGGUUCAGAGCUUAAAUGACCACGAAGCUCUGCAGCUAUUCUCUCAGAGUGCAUUUGGAAAAGAUAUAAGAGGACAAAAUCUCCUGGAUCUAUCAAAAGAAGUGAUUGACUAUGCUAAUGGAAAUCCAUUAGCUCUCAGAUUUUACGGCAGAGAGCUUAAGGGAAAGAAACUGUCGGAAAUGCAGACGACAUUCCUCAAGCUCAAGCUGCGUACUCCUUAUAAGAUUCAUGAUUUAUUCAAUAGCAGCUACGAAACGCUUAAUAAGAACCAGAAGAACAUAUUUCUGGACAUUGCUUGUUUUUUCAAGGGCGAUAAUGUUGACUAUGUGAUGCAACUGCUUGAGGGGUGUGGUUUUUUUCCACAUGUUGGGAUUGAUGUUCUUGUGGAGAAGUGUCUGGUGACUAUUGCACAAAAAAGAGUGAAAAUGCAUAGUCUAAUCCAGGACUUUGGCCGAGAAAUAAUCAAUGGAGAAACAGUACAGAUAGAGAGGCGUCGCAGACUGUGGGAGCCUUGGACCAUCAAAUUUCUACUUGAAGAUGACGAACUCAAAACAAAUGAAGAUCAAAAAGCAACCUAUACACGUGCUCUGGGCACUGAAAACAUCGAGGGCAUAUUUAUGGACACAUCAAACUUAAACUUUGAUGUGAAGCCUGGUGCUUUUGAGAAUAUGGUUAACCUUAGAAUCCUGAAGAUUUAUUGUCCUAGGUAUGCAAAGCGUUAUGGACUCCGCCUUCCAAAAGGACUUGAGUCUCUGCCUUAUGAACUAAGACUCCUCCACUGGGAGAACUAUCCUCUAAAAUCCUUGCCACAAGAGUUUGACCCAUGCCACCUCAUUGAGCUCAAUAUGCCUUAUAGUCAGCUUCACAAACUUUGGGAAGGAACCAAGAACCUCGAGAAGCUGAAGAUGGUCAGGCUUUGUCAUUCCCGGCAGCUAACUGAAAUUGACGAUAUUUGUAAAGCUCAAAAUGUCGAGUUAAUUGAUCUCCAAGGCUGCACAAAAUUGCAGAGUUUUCCAGCCAUGUGUCAAUUACAACAUCUCCGAGUUGUAAACCUCUCAGGUUGCAGAGAGAUCAAAAGUUUCCCAGAGGUUUCACCAAAUAUUGAGGAACUACAUCUCCAAGGAACUGGAAUAAGAGAAUUACCAAUUUCCUUGGUAACCCUCUCCCAACAAGCUAAGUUGAACCGAGAGCUGUCCAAUCUUCUAACAGAAUACUCAGGUGUUUCAGAUGCUUUGAACGUUGAGCGAGUAACAAGCCUGAUCAAAAACAACUCAUCUAAUCAGCAUCUUAAUAAACUUGUUUGCCUGAAUAUGAAAGAUUGUUCUCAUUUGGGGAGUCUGCCUCACAUGGUUGAUUUAGAGUCUCUUAAAGUUCUUAAUAUGUCUGGAUGCUCAGGGCUCGAGCAUAUUCAGGGUUUCCCACGAAACCUGAAAGAGUUAUAUCUUGCUGGCACUGCCAUAAAAGAACUUCCACCGCUUCCACAAAGUCUAGAAGUCUUGAAUGCACAUGGCUGUGUCUUACUCAAAUCAAUUCCCUCUGGUUUCAAGCGGCUUCCUAAUUAUUGCGCAUUCAGCAAUUGCUUUUCUCUUUCUGCUGAAGUGGUCAGCGAAUAUUUAAAGAACGCUCUGGCUUAUGUAGGAUACACGGCAAGAGAGUAUCAGCAGGAACCCAACAAAUCUCUGCCUUUCAGCCUCAGUGUUUCUUCACCUGCGAAAGACAAUUCCACAUUUCAUCUGCAACCUGGAUACUCUGUGUUGAUACGAAUGAGUCCUUCUUGGAGAAGCACGCUAGUUGCCUUUGCUAUAUUAGUCGAAGCUGCUUUUUUGGAUGAUUACCAAAAAGCUACUGCUUUUGGCUUUAAGUGUGUUUGCAGGUGGAAAGACAAAGAAGGCCUCUCUCGUAGGAUAGAAAAAACUUUUCAUUGUUGGACCUUAGGGGGAGGUGUUCAGAAGUUUCAAAAGGAACACAUGUUUGUCUUCUGUGAUCUCAAUUUCCAUCCGAGUACCAGUACAGGAAAGGACCCUGAUAUAUUGGCUGAUCUUAUCGUACUUGAAAUUUUUCCUGUCAACACGCUUAUGGAGCUUAUAGAUGAGAGUUGUACAGUGACGAGAUGUGGAGUAUAUGUAAUAACUUCUGCAUAUGGAGAUGCAAGUCUUACCACGAAUUUACAACCGGUGUUGUCCUUGGAUUGCCCAAAGAUGCUUUCUGAUGAUGAAGUUGAAGAAGCAUUGAAGGGCUUAGAAGAGAAAGAUAGAUUUUUGUUUCUUUACAUCGCAUGUUUGGUCAAUGACGAGGAAGCUAAUUUUGUUGCUCCCCGUAUUGCUAGCAUUGGUUUGGGAAUUAGUUCUGGGUUCAAGGUCUUAGCCGAUAACUCUCUCAUAUGUAUAUCUACUGAUGGUGUUAUAAAGCAAAGUUAUUUGCGAGAAACAAUGGGUAGGGAGAUCGUCCGUAGACAAUGCAUGCAGCCUGAUAUCUUGAAAUCAAAGCAUACACCAUCAAUACAUUCUGGAGAGUUGGGUGGCAUAGAAGAUCAUGUGGCAGGCAUGAUUUCUUUGUCAAGUUCGAAAUCUGUAGAAGUGAAGACGGUUGGGAUCUGGGGACCAUCAAGAGAAGGGGAAGCAAUAUAUUCAAGUAUGGUUGAACCAGUGGAGCCUCCACAUGGGUUUAGAGAACAAGGGAAGGAUAACUACAUGAUGUGGCAAAAAUUGUUUGAGAUUGGCACCAAGUAUCUUCCAAUUAAGCCCAUUGGGAGAGGGUCUGCUGACAAUGUGGUUUGCUCUGCCAUCAACAGAGUGACAACUAAGAAAGUUGCCAUUAAGAAGAUCCCUAAUGUGUUUAAGAAACGAAUCCAUGCUGUGAACACAUUGAAGGAAAUGAACUUUCUCAGGCACGUGAGGCACGAUAACAUUAUCGCACUCAAUGAUGUUAUGUUGUCUGGUCAGAGAACAAAUUUUAAAGAUGUCUACAUGGUUUACGAGCUUAUGGAUACUGACCUGCAUCAGAUUAUCAAGUCCUCUCAGUCACUCUCCGAUGAUUACUGCAAGUACUUCUUGUUUCAGUUGCUACGCGGGUUGGAAUAUCUUCACUCGGUAAAAAUCCUUCACUGUGACUUAAAGCCAGGGAACAUUCUUGUGAACGCCAACUGUAAUCUAAAGAUAAGUGAUUUUGGGCUUGCAAGAAACAUAUGUAAUGAUCAGUUCAAGACAGAGUACCUAGCCCCCGAGCUUCUUCUCGGCUGUGGCAACUACGGAACCUCCAUUGAUAUCUGGUCAGUAGGAUGCAUAUUCGCAGAGCUUCUUGGCAGAAAACCUAUCUUCCCUGGAACAGCUCAGAACCAACUAAAUCUAAUCAUCAAUAUUCUUGGUAGCCAACACGAAUCAGAUCUCCAGUUCAUAAAUAACCCGAAAACCAGAGAAAGUAUUAACUCUCUCAAGUUCUCGAGAGGUACCCACUUUUCCAAUCUCUAUCCGGAAGCCAAUCCGCUAGCAAUAGACUUGCUACAGAGGAUGCUUGUGUUCGACCCAACCAAGAGAAUAACGGUCAUCGAAGCACUCUUACAUCCCUACAUGGCAGAGCUGUUCAACUCUAAACCCAACCCGCCUGCACGUGCCCCAAAUACUCUGGACAUAGAUGAGAACAUGGAAGAACACACACUACGAGAGAUGCUGUGGAACGAGAUGCUUUAUUACCACCCUGAAGCAACUGCAUCGCAAAAGCCUUCCAAGUUUCUUAUGAGUUCUUGAUAUAUGCUAAAGACGACCAAGCUUUGCCAUUAUAAUUGAGAUGGACAACUGCAUCUUACUGAAGUUGACAAAAUCAUGCUAGGCGAUCUGAUAUUUCCCAGUCAUUUCGUCAUCUACAAGACAUAUAUCCAAUUUUAGUUUCAUUUUGGGAACGGUUAUGGUGUAACCGGCACAACCUUAGGUAGUAUAAAUUGUCCACCCACGAUGUUCUUUAAGAACAAAUGGAAAGUCUGUUCUAAUUAACUUUAGAACUUAAUGGACCAAGUUAUACCAAGAGACAAUCAAACAAAACUAAAUCAGUGAUUUUUAAAAAAAAUGCAUGAUAAUGUUAAGGUUUAACAGUGAAGACAAAGAUUUUACUUGAUAGAGAAAGCCCUCAAAGAACAUGA